GGGUCGUUUAAAAAAAGAGUGAAGUUUUAGUACGUGGCAGUUAAACUUAGUGCUAUUCUACAACAUAGCUGAAGGAUUGCGUAGAAUAAGCUUUCAAGAGGUUCUCCGCAUCAAUUAAAAACUGUGCAUCAGUGAGACAUGCAAUUUUUGGUGGUGACAGUUUGGUCUGUGUGCUGGUUCUGCUGCAAAAUACAGGCAGAAAUCUUCACAUCAGUUGGCCAGAUGACAGACUUGAUCUUUGCAGAGAGGGAUUUGGUUCACUCCCUGAAGCAAUAUAUCCAAGCAGAGGAAUCCAAGCUUGAUGCUGUGAAAAGCUGGGCAGACCGGCUGGAUGUGCUAACUCUUGCAUCAACUAUUGAUCCUGAAGGCUUUUUGGCUCAUCCAGUGAAUGCUUACAAACUGAUGAAGAGACUUAACACAGAAUGGUCUGAGCUAGAAAGUCUUGUGCUACAGGACUCUUCAGAAGGUUUCAUCUCAAACAUUUCUAUACACAGAAAGUUUUUCCCAGAUGAGGAGGACCAAAAGGGUGCAGCCAAAGCUCUUAUGCGUCUCCAAGAUACAUAUCAACUGGACUCUGAGAGCUUCUCUAAAGGCAAACUGCCAGGUGUGCGCUACAAUGAGUUUCUGACUGUAGAUGACUGCUUUGACAUGGGAAAGACAGCAUACAAUGAGAAUGACUACUACCAUGCAGUGCUGUGGAUGCAACAGGCGCUCCGACAGAUGGAUGCUGGUGAAGAUACCAAAACAUCCAAGUCAGACAUCCUGGACUAUCUGAGUUACUCCGUCUAUCAGAUGGGAGAUGUUCCUCGAGCCGUCAAACUCACCCGACAUCUUGUCUCCAUUGAUCCCAGCCACCAGAGAGCAUUAGGAAAUCUCCGCUAUUUUGAGCAAAUGCUCUCAAGUGACCUGGACCUGACCAAAAAGGAGCCUAACGAAGAGACAUCCAUUCAAAUGAUAACCUAUGAGCGCCCAAAAGAUUAUUUACCUGAGAGAGACAUCUAUGAGGCCUUGUGUAGAGGAGAAGGGGUCAAAAUGACUCCUCAGAGAAGUAGCAGGUUGUUCUGUCGCUAUAUGGAUGGGAACAGAAACCCACGUCUUCUGCUCAAGCCCAUUAAGGAGGAGGAUGAGUGGGACAGUCCACACAUUGUUCGCUAUCUGGAUAUCCUUUCUGAUGAAGAGAUUGAGAAGAUCAAAGAGCUUGCCAAACCUAGGCUUGCGAGAGCAACUGUGAGAGAUCCAAAAACAGGUGUACUGACAACUGCACAGUACAGGGUGUCCAAGAGUGCAUGGUUGGAAGGAAAUGAAGAUCCAGUCAUUGCACGUGUCAAUCAGAGAAUAGAAGACAUUACUGGUCUAACAGUGGAUACUGCUGAACUUCUCCAGGUUGCUAACUAUGGAGUUGGAGGUCAAUAUGAGCCACAUUAUGACUUCUCAAGGCGUCCUUUUGACAGCAACCUCAAGGUUGAUGGAAAUAGACUUGCCACCUUUCUUAACUACAAAGAUGAGACCGAGGCUUUCAAAUCAUUAGGCACAGGAAAUCGUGUGGCUACUUUUUUAAAUUAUAUGAGUGAUGUGGAAGCUGGUGGUGCCACUGUUUUUCCAGAUUUUGGUGCAGCUAUCUGGCCAAGAAAGGGCACUGCUGUAUUUUGGUACAAUCUCUUCAGGAGUGGAGAGGGAGAUUAUCGAACAAGACAUGCAGCCUGUCCAGUUUUAGUCGGUAGUAAAUGGGUGUCUAACAAGUGGCUUCAUGAGAGAGGUCAGGAGUUCAGGAGACCUUGUGGCCUCACAGAAGUGGACUGAUUCUGCCUGCUGAGAGUUACUUCUUAAACAUUUAAACACUUUUCCUGCAGUGCCUGAACUUUGAUCACAAACACAAUAAUUUAAUAUCUUGCACCAAAUAUCUUAGCCAUGUUUAUACAAAUCAGCCUGUCAAGCUGGUAAUCAGGGCUAUGUAAAGUGCAUCCACUUAAAGGAUUGUUUUUUUUUCCCUGUUCUUUUUUUUUCAUCAAUGCAUGCUCAUUUGUUACAACAGAGUUCAAUUGUUCCACUUUGUCUUUUUGUGAAAUGUACAGAGUAGCCAAAAUGGCACAAAAUUUUAAAGGCCUUAAAUUAAAUACUGCCAUUACUUUAAAAAGGCUUAUUACAGCUCUCUGAUAGCUUCGAUUAUUAAUCUUCCAUUUUUUUUGGAAUCUCAUCUCUGUCUGUUAUAAAAUAUCCACACCUACUAUAAUUAAGACUGAUAUAUGAAGAAUUAUUCAAGUAUAUACAUGUCAUUGUCUUUUUAAGAGAUAUUUUAAUGUCUUUUUCAUUGUGUUACACAUAUUCACCCCCUUGAACUUUAAUGUAACACAAAAUAACCCAUAAUAUUGAAGUAUAAUCAUGAAUACCGUUUAAAGCAAAGGAAUUCAUCCGUUUUCCCAUGGAAGCCAUAAAAAAGUCAUAGUUUCCUUUCCUUUAGAAGUUACAUAAUUACUUGAAUGGAGUAUACUUGAGUGCCGUGUCAUAAGAUGUCAUGAUAUCUCAAAAACACAUCUGUUCCAAGAAAGACCCCAGAGUUUUUUGGAGCACAUGCUUAAAUAUAACACUGUUAAUAUCUGUAAUUUAAUCCACGAUAUCUGUAAAUCACUUUUCACUCAUAAAAAUUCAAUUAAAAAAAAUUGCCACAUUAAA